AUGGGUUUAGCUUCAGCGUCAGGUCUAUUGCAAAGAGAGAUGGAUAAGAUGUUGAGCGGUUUGUCUAAAUUAGGAUGAUUUUAUGAUGAAAUUAUAGUAGCAGGAAAAGAUGAUCAAAAACUUUGUAUAAGGGUACAUGGAGUUUUAAGGAAACUUUCCGAUGCUGGGUUGACAGUUAAAAAAGAGAAAUGCAAAUUUUUCAUUGACAGUAUUAAUUUCUCAAGGUAUCAAGUUGACAAAAAUAGUCUUCAUGUUCCUGAUGAAAGAAUUGUGGUAAUUGUAACAUUCACGUUCCUAAGAAUGUACAAGAGGUAAAAGCUUUCUUAGGGUUAGUUAACUAUUAUGAAAAGUUUUUAAAAAUAUGUCAACUGUUACAGGAUCUCUUUAUGAGUUAUUGAAAAAUAACUGGGUGUCACGCACACUAAAACUUCCUCAUAUAAUCCUUCAUCUAAUAGAGCUUCUGAAAACUAAGUGUAUACUUUUAAACAUUUAAAAAACAAAAAUAAGACCUGUGGAGACAUAGAUAUUUAUAAGUUAUCUUAUAUCAUAUGGAUAUCUAUUAUUUUUUUUAAAAUAAUAAUUUUAUUUUAACCUUUUGUUCUUAUUUUUUAAUUAACAAUGAAGCAAAAUAUAAUCUCUGUGUAUUGUUUAGACAUAAUAAUUUACCCAUAAGAAGACUUACAGAAUUUCCAAUUAAAAAUAUUCAUUAGCAAUAAAACAGUAUUACGAAGAUAAAUUAAUGCAAAUAGAGUAAGUAUUAUGUAAUUUAAUAUUUUAUUGUUUAUGUGUUUUUAAGUUUAACUUUUUAAAUCUUAUAUUUUAUUUAAAACUGUUAACUUUGUUUCUUCUCCUAUGAAGACCUUAAGUUUAAAAUUAUUAUAAAGAUUAAGUUAGAUAGCUUUUAUUCAGACAUAUGAGUAACUACACCAUUAGAAAGUAAGAUAAAGAAGUAUAGAUAACCUAUAUAUAGAGUUUUUAAAUAUUUUAUUUUAUUUUAAUUAUUAUUGAGUUAUUAUUAUCAAGUUUAACUCUGGCAUAUGAAAAAAACUUAAAUUAUAUUAUUGAUUAAAAUGAUAAUAGUGUAUUCAGAAAUGAAAAACGAAAAUAUACUCGGAAAUUAUUGGAAGAAGCAGAAGUAGAUUCUAGAAUGAAUAGAGCGAGGCAGUUGUACCAAAAAAUAAACAGUAUAAGAGGAGGAUUUAGAAAACAUAACAAGUUCUUGAAAAAUGAAGAUGGUUCACUGACAACAGGACAGGAAGAGAUGUUGGAAAAAUGGAAACAAUAUUUUGGCCAACUGCUCAACUGCGAAAAUCCAGAAGAAACUUUUGAAUGGACACUAGUAGAAACCAACGAUUGCGAAUGCCUACCCCCUACUAUCAAUGAAAUAAGACAAUAAAUAUUAAGGUUAAAAAACCAAAAAUCUCCCGGAGAAGAUGGGANUGCCUAUUAGACAGAAUAAAGCCGAUUGCGGAAGAAAUAAUAGGGGAUUACCAAGGAGGUUUCAGACCAAACAGGUCAACAACAGACCAAAUAUUUGUGAUUAGGCAGACCCUUCAAAAAAUGUGGGAGUUCAAUAAAGACGUGUAUAUAUUAUUUGUGGACUUCAAGAAAGCCUACGACUCUAUCCACAGGGCAAGCUUAAUCAAUAUUCUAAGGGAAUUUAAGUUUCCAAAAACGCUAGUUAAUCUUGUAGAGGCAAGUUUAAAUGGAGCAAAGAUUAAAGUAAAUCUAGCAAAUACGUUGUCACAACCAGUGGAAGUGGUGAUUGGCUUAAGACAAGGAGAUGCGCUUUCUCCUGUACUAUUUAACUUAGUGUUGGAGAAGAUAGUAAGAGAAUUCAAUUUAUGUGAAGGGGUUGAGUUAGGUCGAUCGACAAUUAAUGUUCUGGCAUAUGCGGAUGAUAUCUCUCUAAUGGGAAGGAGUAGAGAGAUGAUAAUAAAAAUUGAAAAGUCACUUAUAAAGGCUGCGGAGAAAGUAGGACUAAGGGUUAAUGAAGAAAAAACAAAGUAUAUGGUGGUCAGUCGGAGAAAUGGAAAUCAGGUACAAGAAGAAUUCAUUGAAGUGGAAGAAUACAAAUUUAAAAGAGUGGACCAAUUCAAAUACUUAGGGUCAAUUAUANAAGGCUGCGGAGAAAGUAGGACUAAGGAUUAAUGAAGAAAAAACAAAGUACAUGGUGGUCAGUCGGAGAAAUGGAAAUCAGGUUCAAGAAUAAUUCAUUGAAGUGGAAGAAUACAAAUUUAAAAGAGUGGACCAAUUCAAAUACUUAGGGUCAAUUAUAACUCAAGAUAACGACAUUAAAACAGAAAUUUCAAUGACGGAGCAGAAACAUGGUCUCUGAGAAAGACUGAAGAACGAAGAAUUGCAGUAUUUGAGAGAAAAGUACUCAGGAAAAUUUAUGGGGCAUACUAUGAUGUUCUCACAAAUGAAUGAAGGAAAUUACAUAAUGAAGAACUGCAAUCCCUUUUUCAACGACCGGAUAUACUGAAAGAAAUAAAAAAAAGACGGCUAGUUUGGGCUGGACAUGCCUGGAGGAAACAUGACUCAUUAAUAAGAAGAGUAAUAGAGGAAAACCCAGUAGGGAGGAGACCUCUUGGAAGACUGUGUCUAAGAUGGGAAGAUUGCGUAAGGAGAGACACUGAAACAGUGGAGCCGGAGUGUCAUUGGCAGGAAGUAGCAGAGGAUAGGGAUAGGUGGCAGUAUGAUUAUCUAGAGGUAUGGUCUUGA